AUGGGUGGAGGUAAAGGAGAUGAAUUUGUCGAUGAAACAUCACUUUGUAAAAUACCUCCAUCCAAAACAUCACAACAACAACAACGAAAAACACGUCGACGUAAAAAAGAAUUGUUUAGAGAAAAUAUACUUUUGUUGUUUACAAUAUUUAGUGUUUUUGCUGGGUUUGGUAUUGGGUUUGGACUGAGACAUUUACAUUUAACACAGAGAGAAAUAGAUUUAAUUGGCUUCCCAGGAGAAAUAUUUAUGAAUAUUCUUAAAGCAAUGAUAUUGCCAUUAAUAGCAGCCAGUUUAGUUUCUGGAUUAAGCCAACUUGAAGCUAAACAGUCUGGGUGGAUUGGGUUAUUUGCAUUAAUUUAUUAUUCUGUUACAAUGAUUUUGGCUGUAGUGACUGGUAUCUGUCUUGUUUUAUUAAUACACCCUGGUGAUCCUUCAAUUAAAAGAGAAUAUGGUAGUAAACUGGAUAACACUACUGCUGAUAUUUCUGCAUUAGAUAAAUUGACAGAUGUUUUAAGAAACAUGUUUCCUGAUAAUAUUGUACGAGCAACUUUUCAACAAAUAGAAACAGAAUAUGUUGACAAAAAUGUUUCUAAUCCCAAACUUGGAACUUUUACAGUUGUAACAAGUUCGGUACAUAAAUAUAUUGAUGGAAUGAAUUCUUUGGGUUUAAUUGUAUUUUUUAUUGCACUUGGCUUGGCUAUGGGACAACUUGGUGAUGAAGCUAAGCCAUUAGCUGAUUUAUUCGUUUCAUUGGAUAAAGUAAUUAUUGCUUUGGUUAGUAUUGUAAUGUGGUAUUCACCAAUAGGAAUAUCUUCCCUCAUUGCAGCAAAAAUUUUGGAAAUUACAGAUUUGGCUAAAACUGCAAAAAUGUUGGGACUUUAUAUGUUGACUGUCAUAACCGGACUUCUUAUACAUCUAUUUAUAACACUACCAACCCUUUUGUUUAUUGGAACAAGAAGAAAUCCGUACAAAUUUAUGCAAGGGUUGACUCAAGCUGGUUUAACUGCUUUAGGGACUUCUUCAUCUGCUGCUUCUUUGCCAGUAACCUUCAAAUGUUUAGAAGAAAUUAUUGGAGUUUCACCAAGAUAUACAAAAUUUGUUUUACCUGUUGGAGCAAUGGUGAAUAUGGAUGGAACAGCUUUAUAUGAGGCUGUUGCUUCUGUGUUUAUUGCACAAAUGAAUGGGUUGGAAAUGGAUGCGGGGACUGUUGUUACUAUUGCGUUGGUUUUUUCUGAUUAUUUUUCUUCGUUAUCAAUCUUAUCAAAAAAAUUUUUUUUUCUAUCCAGUUUAACAGCUACUUUGGCCUCGGUAGGGGCAGCUACAAUCCCCUCAGCUGGUCUAGUCACAAUGCUUAUUGUUUUAACAGCGGUUGGGUUGCCUGCAUCAGAUGUUACUUUAAUAAUUGCUGUUGAUUGGCUUUUGGAUAGAUUCCGAACAUCAGUAAAUGUAAUUGGUGAUGGUAUAGGUUGUGGUUUUGUUGAGGCAAUGGUUGAAAAACGCUUUAGAAAUUCAAAAGUAAUAACACCUACAGAUUGUUGGGCAAUUGGAGGUGAAAAUAGUAAAAAUAAUAAAGAGGAUAAGUUAAACAAUGUAUUUACUAAAGUUGAAUUAUGGCCUUCAACAAGGGAAAAUGGGGGAAAUUAA